CUGACUCCAGCUCUGGCGCACUGUCUGCCUCGCACUCUCACGGUUCAGCUCCCUCCCUCUGCCGCUUUUUCUUCCGCCGUCCCCUUAUCCUUCCCUAUUGGGCUCCCUCUCCUUCAAAAUCGCUCCGGCGCUCCGGGCUUUCCCAUCUCCUGGCUGUGAGGACCCAGCAACUGCCUUCUCUGUUCAACCCCCAGAGCUUUCAGAGCGUUGCCACGUCUCUAAGCUCUAAUCCCAGCACACACACACACGCGCGCACGCACCCGCAGACACGCACGUUUCCUGUCCCUGUGUGACACCCACCCUCUGCGGGGCGGCCGCGCCGGUCCCCGCGCGGUGUCCUCAUCCCGCCACACACACACGCACACUCACACACACACACGCACGCGCGCGUGCAGGGCGGAUUGGAGGGCAGCUCGCCGACAGUUCGCAUUCGGAGGCGUCCUGCUCCAGCCUCGCAGAGCCGAUGGCAUCUCCCGGCUCCGGGUUUUGGUCCUUCGCAUCUGAAGAUGGUUCCGGGGAUCCCGAGAACCCUGGCACAGCGAGGGCCUGGUGUCAGGUGGCUCAGAGGUUCACGGGCGGCAUCGGAAACAAGCUGUGCGCCCUGCUCUACGGGGACGCCGAGAAGCCGGCAGAGAGCGGCGGAAUCCAGCCCCCGAGGGCCGCCUCCCGCAAGGCCACCUGCGCCUGCAACCAGAAGCCCUGCAGCUGCCCCAAAGCGGGGAUCAACUACGCGUUUCUACACGCAACAGACCUGCUACCAGCGUGUGAUGGAGAAAGACCCACUUUGGCAUUUCUGCAAGAUGUUAUGGACAUUUUGCUUCAGUAUGUGGUGAAAAGUUUCGAUAGAUCAACCAAAGUGAUUGACUUCCAUUACCCCAAUGAGCUUCUUCAAGAAUAUAACUGGGGAUUGGCAGACCAACCACAAAAUUUGGAGGAAAUUUUGAUGCAUUGCCAGACAACUCUAAAAUAUGCAAUUAAAACAGGGCAUCCCAGGUAUUUCAAUCAACUUUCUACAGGACUGGAUAUGGUUGGAUUAGCAGCAGACUGGCUGACAUCAACAGCAAACACUAACAUGUUCACCUAUGAAAUUGCUCCAGUAUUUGUGCUUUUGGAAUAUGUCACGCUAAAGAAAAUGAGAGAAAUCAUUGGCUGGCCUGGGGGCUCUGGCGAUGGGAUAUUUUCUCCUGGUGGCGCCAUAUCCAACAUGUACGCUAUGCUGAUUGCGCGCUUUAAGAUGUUCCCUGAGGUCAAGGAGAAAGGGAUGGCUGCGGUCCCCAGGCUCAUUGCCUUCACAUCUGAGCAUAGCCAUUUUUCUCUCAAGAAGGGAGCUGCAGCCUUGGGCAUUGGAACAGACAGUGUGAUUCUGAUUAAAUGUGAUGAAAGGGGGAAAAUGAUCCCAUCUGAUCUUGAAAGAAGGAUCCUUGAAGCCAAACAAAAAGGAUUUGUCCCUUUCCUUGUGAGUGCCACGGCUGGGACCACCGUGUAUGGAGCAUUCGAUCCCCUGUUAGCUGUUGCUGACAUUUGCAAAAAGUAUAAGGUCUGGAUGCACGUGGAUGCAGCUUGGGGUGGGGGAUUACUGAUGUCCCGGAAACACAAGUGGAAACUGAGCGGCGUGGAGAGGGCCAACUCUGUGACAUGGAAUCCACAUAAGAUGAUGGGCGUCCCUUUGCAGUGCUCUGCUCUCCUGGUUAGAGAAGAGGGAUUGAUGCAGAGUUGCAACCAGAUGCAGGCCUCCUACCUCUUUCAGCAAGAUAAACACUACGACCUGUCCUACGACACUGGAGAUAAGGCCUUACAGUGCGGACGUCAUGUUGAUGUUUUUAAACUCUGGCUAAUGUGGAGAGCAAAGGGGACCACCGGGUUUGAAGCACAUAUUGAUAAGUGUUUGGAGCUGGCGGAGUAUUUAUACAAUACCAUCAAAAACCGAGAAGGUUAUGAAAUGGUGUUUGAUGGAAAGCCUCAGCACACAAACGUCUGCUUCUGGUAUGUACCUCCGAGUUUACGUGUUCUAGACAACAAUGAAGAGAGAAUGAGCCGCCUCUCUAAGGUGGCUCCAGUGAUUAAAGCCAGAAUGAUGGAGUAUGGGACCACAAUGGUGAGCUACCAGCCCUUGGGAGACAAGGUCAAUUUCUUCCGCGUGGUCAUCUCAAACCCCGCAGCAACUCACCAAGACAUUGACUUCCUGAUUGAAGAAAUAGAACGCCUUGGACAAGAUUUAUAAUAACCUAGCUCACUAAGCUGUUUCAAUUCUCUAGGUAGACAAUUAAGUUGUCACACACUGUGUAAAUGUACUUGUAGUUUGUUCCAAAGUAAAUCUAUUUCUGUAUUGUGGUGUCAAAGUAGAGUACAGUUUAAAAAUCAAAAACAAACAUUGCUCCUUUUAAAAAUCCUUUCUUAAGUUUAGAAUACCUCUCUAAUAAUUAGUGACAAAAGGCUGUGUUCUAAUCACUAAGGAAAAGCUUAAAAUUGUUACAAAUACUUCCCUUACUUUUAAUAUAGUGUGCAAAUCAAACUUUAUUUUCACUUCAGAGUAGUAGGGUUGAAUAGUGCCAAAUUGCCCCUGAAUCAUAAAAGGUUCUCUGGGGUGCAGUGAAAAGGAUAAAGUAAAUAUAGAAUGUAUGCUGACAAUAAAAAAACUCUUGCCUUUUUCAUAGUAUUAGAAAAAAAAAUUCUAAUUUACCUAUAGCAACAUUUCAAAUAUAUUUAAAUACAUAUAAUUUUACAAAAGGAAAAUAUAUAUAUUAAAAAGAAAUCCUAUUUUGUAACAUAUAGAUUUUUAUUUUAUAUGGGUUAUACAAACUGCAGGGGCAGAUAUUAAAAACUAAGCCAGAUUCUUUUUUCUCUUUCUUUUAACGGAGGCACAAUAAAACACUUAGCAAAGUUAUUCUGAAACAUAGGCCCACAAAAUUCUUAAAAGGUAUGAUGCCUUCUUUCUGUUCAUUUUAUGACUUAUCACAUCUCUAAAGUUAGUAUUACAAAACAGACACAAAAGGAUACUGCAGGUUCUUUAAAAUGAUUGGUUAGCUCGACAGUAAGACUUACUUCCCAUUUAAGUUUUCCAUCCAUUGGACCUUAGUAGACCCGCUCAGUAGGCAUGACAGCCACGCUUCACCUUAGACUAAAUUAGGGUCAUCGUCUCUAUUCUGCUUUCCAGUUCAGCCUGUUUAGAACAGAAGGUUGAUGCUGGUUCUUGAGAUAUCUUCCCAAACAGUAUUCUUUAAUUAAGUCAUUUGGAUUCAUUAGAGAAAAUAAAAAUAAAAUCUAAUCAGCCCAAGCAGAGGCAUGAAACACACUCCAGAUGUGGUGAGCCCAGAAAAUUAAACUUGGCCUUAGAUCUCUGUGUGAGAAUAAUGAUGUCAUCCUGGAUGCCACAGUGUCCCUGCCCAGGAAGGAGUCGUUCCCCUCCCGGGUCAUUGCUCUUUCCCAUUCACUCCCCAUUCCGACCCACAAAAGUCUCUCCUGCUAAGCUCCCCGUGACUGGGAUUCCCAAUAAUUAAUUUCUACUCCAUUAGUGGUUAUUUUCCUCUCAGGAAAUGAGGUCCUCACCUAGAAUUUUGAGACAGCCUCUUAAGACCUUCUUUUAUCAUCUGUCUCCCAUCAAGACCCAAAGUGACCAGACUAUGUAGAGAUCAUAUCCUCCUUAGAAU